CACCUUUUAGAGCUGUCUUUCCCGUCUACAGGUUUGCAUGCAUUAUUAAGCGAAUUGCAGGAAAUGCUUUAUGUUUAAUGAUGCUACUUUUUGAUCGUUAAGUACUGGCCCAUCGACAAGCUGUUUUCAUCCUGAACGUUUUUACUGGCAUGCAUUAAAAGGCAUUUUGGAAGUAAUAUUAUGCAUCACUUUUGAUUUAGUUUGUCAGACAUUUACUUAUUUUUGAUUUCAAUCUGUUCUGCCUUAAAUCAGUUCCGACAUGCUUGAAGAAAGUCAGGUUUGAUCCAAAUGAGUUGUCUCAGCAGCUGUUAAUCAGCGUCUAUCAUAAUUUAAAAUGUAACCGACACCUCGUAUUGAAGAUUAGCAUGACGUUAGUUCAGCAUGAACCCAAUAUAACCCUUCAAAGCGUCAGGUUUGCUAAUGCCCCGAAUGAGAUCACAUCUAUGUAAUUAUAUCAAGGCGUAUUCUAAAAACAGAAACCUAAUUUGAUUGCUUUAAGAAAGGGCCACUUUAAAGGAGAGCCACGACAUUUGUGCCAUCCUGUUUCUGUGCGUGGAGCUCAGAUCAGUUUAGCCUUUAAUACUGGCGUUGCACCUUUACAAUAUGAUGACCUGGACCGAAUAGGGACCUGAUUCUAGAUGAACACUUCUGCUCUGAGAUUCUUGAUGAAUAUGGGUCUUGUGGAGUUCACCCUGAAAAACGGGGGCUUUUAUCUGACAGUGGCUUGGGGUCUAGUCUUUUGGACCGGAUGGCAUCGGCUCCAAAUGCUCCUUCUGUGAUUGAGUGUUUGCUUGAGUGCAUCUGUCAAGGCGGUUCCUGGUCUGGAGCACAGAAUGACGUGCGUUCGCUGGUUCUCCCAGCUCAUUGCUUUGUUUACAGCUUAGGUCUGUUCUCCUGUUUAGCCAGUUAAACGUCUUUUCCAGAUGACCAGACACGGGAAAGCGAUUCCCAAUAAUAUAGCCUCUUUGCAAAUUUGUCAGAAUGAAAAACAACUGAAAACCCCCUGGUCGUUCAUUCUGAAACCCUAGACCCCCGGACGAUGUUUGUUCUUCUGCAUGACACAUCUGUAGGGCGGGGAGAGAGUUGACUCCUACCCGUAUAUUAGAAUCAGUAGUUAACAUUAGAACAGGGUUACAGUCGUUUCGUUGAUCCUUUUCUCUGGGUUGAAGCUGCAGUAUAGAAGCGCCGAGACGGCACAGCGUCGGCCUUCCCCUAGCCUGUGUUUACUCUAGGGUCUGCAUUUCUCCAUGUCUGGAAUGCCACAAGAAAUACAUGGAUUUAGUUGCAGGCGACUGCGGGCUAUGCCGCCGACUGAUUCUGGGACUUUUUUUUUCCUUCUCAAGGUUACAACGGUUCCCUCCCCCGAACGGUUCCUUCGACAUGAACUGCCCUUCCGACCGAUUUGAACUUGCGACAGUCUGACAUUUUCUUUCUUUACUUAUCCGCCGAGUCGAUCCCUCCGGUGAGUUGAACGGUUCCGGUUGCUGGUUCGCGUGUGAGGUCCAGAUGCUGCGCUGACAGAGGCUGCGUCCCAAACGGAGCGCCGGUUUGGAACUGGGCUGGGAAGAAUGUGGAUGUACGGCUUUACGGACAGUCCGAGGAAAGACGCCUCAGGCAUUGACAGCUCGGAUCCUAUGGUGCUGGAGCAGUACGUGGUGGUGGCCAGCUACCAGAAGCAGGAGAACUCGGAGAUAAGCCUUCAGGCUGGCGAGACGGUGGACGUGAUCGAGAAGAGCGAGAGCGGUUGGUGGUUCGUCAGUACAGCUGAAGAGCAGGGCUGGGUGCCGGCUACUUACCUGGACUCACAGAACGGUACCCGGGAUGACCUGGAACUCAGCACCGUUCGGACCGGAGAGGUUACUAAGAGACGCAAGUCUCAUCUGAAGAGACUGGACCGCCGAUGGACCUUGGGGGGCAUAGUGAACCGUCAGCAGAGUCGAGAGGAGAAGUACGUGACGGUGCAGCCAUAUGCCAGUCAGGGGAAGGACGAGAUCGGCUUCGAGAAAGGGGUCACCGUGGAGGUCAUCCAAAAGAACCUGGAAGGCUGGUGGUACAUCAGGUACUUGGGGAAAGAGGGCUGGGCCCCAGCCUCAUACCUGAAGAAGAUGAAGGAGGACUUCUCCCCCCCGGGCCAUAAGAAGACGCUGACGGGCCCGGUGGAGAUCAUCGGCAACAUCAUGGAGAUCAGCAACCUGCUCCAGAAGUCCAGCAGUGAGAAGGACGUCCAAGCGGACGGGGAGGCCACCAGCCCCGAGCGCCACAUCUCCAAGAGCGAGAUCAGCCUGCCGAUGCCGUACGCCCCGGGUUACAACCCCGGGCCCGAGCACGCCCCGGACCCGGGACCCAGCCCAAGCCCUGGGUUGAGGUCCGGGAUGGGGACCUCCAGUCCGAACCUGGGACCCGGCGCCGGUGCCCCUCGCCAGGACGGUAAGGGAAAGACAGAGCCGGGCUCCCCCGCCGUAGCACGCGUCGCGCCACACAGAGUGUCGGUUGGCUUUGAGGCUAUAGGUUCUCCCAACCUCCGCCAAAAACCUCCUCCUAGAAGAGAAACAAAUCUGGGCUUCCAGUUACCCAAACCACCAGAGCCCCCUACUGUGGAAGCGGAGUACUACACCAUUGCAGAGUUUCAGUCCUGCAUUUCAGAUGGGAUCAGCUUCCGUGGAGGACAAAAAGCUGAUGUCAUUGAGAAGAACUCCGGGGGCUGGUGGUAUGUUCAGAUCGGGGAGAUGGAGGGUUGGGCACCCUGUUCUUACAUCGACAAACGUAAGAAGCCCAACCUAAACCGAAGAACGAGCACACUCACCCGGCCCAAAGUCCCGCCUCCAGCUCCUCCUGUCAAGAAGCCAGACUCAGAAGAGGCGUCACCCUCACCCAGUCACUCAGUCUCCUCCGCCAAAGCCCCAGAAAGCCCCAGUCGCCCCGCUGUGUACGAGGAACCCGAGUACGACGUUCCAGCUGUGGGAUGUGAGUCUGACACGGACUCCCUGAAAGGAGAGGCAGUACGUCGCCCGCUGGAUGUGAAGGUAAACAGUGUGGUCUGUGAGAGGUACCGGAGUUCUCCACCAGUCUGCAAAGCCUCCCCUGUUAUAAUCAGCCAUAGGAGAAGGUCAUUCAGGUCAGUUGAAGAGAUGGCCAAAGAGGAGUGUAUCUAUGAGAACGAUGGCUUCAGACGCAGUAGCGGUGACGAAGGUGCUUUUGCCAAAAGUUCCAGUGGUUCCAACUCCCCGCGGAUCUAUCACUCUUCGACUGUACCCCGCAAACCCUCAGGGUCUUCACCUCUAGCAGGGGUAAAGUCAUUGAAAAAGAUCACCCCAGAGCUGAGCCAAAGUCCAUCUUUAGCCAAAGCCGACAACAGCCCCAAGUCAUCCUCAGAUGAAUCAGGUAGAGGAUCCAGGAAACCCCCAGGCUUUAAAACCGUGGAGCAGAGGAUAGGCCAGAGCCCCUCCACCAAGCCUAAACCUUCGGUUCGGCCCAAGCCAUUGCUGAGCUCCAAGUCAGAACCCCAGAGCCCAGAGAGGAUGGACAUAAGCUCUCUAAGACGCCAGCUAAGACCCACUGGUCAGCUACGGCAAAGCGUCAAAACAUCCCGUGGGGAAGACUCAGAGACAGCCUCUGUCAUCUCUUCGGAGGACUCUCAUUCUUCCCGCAACAGCACCUCAGACCUUUCAUCCAUCUACUCUAAAGGAAGUAGGGGAGACUCCGACCUGGAAGGGCUGAACGUCUACCGUACCACUGAUGCCUAUGAUAAGAUCCAGGAGUCAGAGCUGAGCUUCCCAGCCGGAGUGGAGGUGGAAGUUCUGGAGCGGCAGGAGAGUGGCUGGUGGUACAUCCGCUGGCGAGACGAGGAAGGCUGGGCACCCACUUUCUACUUGGAGCCCAUCCGACAAGGGAGGGACGCCGGUGGGUCGGAGUCCGACGGCCAGCGCUCCGGGUCGGGCAGCGGUGCUGGAAGCAAGUCCAACAGUCUGGAGAAGAAUGAGCAGCGUGUGCUGGCCCUCAACAACAUCAACCUGCAGGGUCUGACCAACCAUCACCAAGUGCACAACACGCCGGGAGGUCUGAGGUCCAGGAACACCCCUCCGAUUCCCUCCAAACCUCCGGGGGGCUUCUCCAAGCCGGCUGUCUUGGUCAACGGGGCCGUGAGAAUGAGGAAUGGCGGGGUUAGACCUCAGUCCGCCGUCAGACCCCAGUCGGUGUUCGUGUCAGCACCGCAGCCGACCCGGGAGAGUCAGCACUACAUGACGACCUCCCUGAGGCGUAAUGAGUCGCUGGGCGCUCGCGACCAAUACCGAUCCGGUUCCGCGACCCUUGGCGUGCGCCGAAAUUCCUCCUUCAAUGCAGUCCGGGCGCACCCCGUCACAGUCGAGGCCCGGUCGAGACCCACGGAGGGUGCCGUCACUGCCAGGGGGUCUUCGGCGGAACGGUUUGGGGCAGGUGGAGGGACGGACGCCUUGGGCAGAGUUGGGGUCGGGGUUGGGAUACAGCGUAAUGGUAUCCCAGUCUCCACAGUCAGGCCCAAGCCUAUCGAGAAGAGCCAGCUGAUCCAUAACAACCUCGGGAGGGAGGUAUAUGUGUCCAUUGCUGACUAUCGAGGGGAUGAUGAGACCAUGGGCUUCCCUGAGGGCACCUGCCUGGAGGUUCUAGAGAGGAACCCCAAUGGAUGGUGGUACUGCCAGGUCCAAGACGCUCUACAACCCCGCAAAGGCUGGGUCCCCUCCAACUACCUAGAGCGGAAAAAGUAAUGGCCUGGUCAUGAUAAUGUCCCCCUUUGAGUGGUGCCACAGGAUCGGAGACAAAAUCACUCCUUAAGAAUGUUACCCCCCCCACCCCCCCCCACCAAGAGCUACCAAAAUCAAUAUGCUUCAAAUUCUUUUGAUUUCUCAAAGACUUAACAUCAUCAAAGAUGUGUUGUUUUAGUAUUACUAUAAGGAAGAGACACUUUCAGUGCGGGUUUACUCAAUUUCUAGACUAAAAGUCUAGAUUUUUUGUUUUGUGAGAUAUUGGAGGAGAAUAGAGACUUAUAAUGGGGAUUGGCCAUCCCCGGUGUUAGAAACACAAAGUUUGUUGAAUUUUGGAACGUUGCGAUUUGAAACGACACCUUCUAGAAGGGGUUUACAUAAGAAGGAGAAGAAAGCAGGGUAAUGAUGGCUAGCCUUAUACCUGCCACUGACUUUAAUGCCAAAUAGGUGCCUUUUGUAUAUGAACUGAAUGGGGUUCAAAGAAGAGGACGGAACACACCAUUGAGUCAGUGUUUUUACCAAAUGUUUAACAGUGCCAUAGGCCUGAGAGCAUGGAUAACACCAACAUUACUUUUGUAACAUUCAAGAGAAUCACUCAAGUGAGAGUUUAACAGUGUUACUGAGUAAAGAAAUUAGCACCCUAGAGUGCUGUACAGUAGCAGAUGAAAUGGAAUCAAACGCAGAAUGUUUCCUGAAUCUAAGGAGAAAAAAAACAACAGGAGAGAUUUCAGUGACUUUCUAUGAUUCUCAAUUGAGCAAAGUAAAAACAAAUAACCUUUUGAUUUGCUUUUUUUGACAUGUCUGUAUGUUUUUGUUCUCUAAUGUCUUUUGUGUCUUUUUGUCUGUCCAUAGAGAUGUAUUUCUGCUUUCUUGUGAUAUUACCCACCGACAGCCCAGAAUUGGAAACAGAAAAAACACUUAAUUGGAUAAACUUUCUAGUUUUACCUCAAUUUGGGAGUUUCACUCAAAAAUAGUUUAUCUAUUUUUUCAACCAAACCUACAGAAUCUUAGAUACAAAUGAACAUGAAACCUGUCAAGCUUGAAAUGUAAUUACAUUUUACUGAUUUGGAAAUAAAUGUCAAUUGAAGGUGUAACAAAAGACCUACCACCAGAAGAUAUGUUUACAAAAUGAAAAUGUUAGUACAGUUGGUCUUUAGUAGUCUAAUACAAAUAUCUUUGUAUUUUAUGCUUUAUAUUCAGGAUAGAAAAUGUAGUUGCAGUUGCUCAGAAAAUAAGUACUGGAAAUAUGGCUUAGUAAUUGUUUUUGAAUCCCAGGGAUGUACUUCCAUAUCCUGGAGCCCACAAUGUGAUCAAACCAAAGAGGAAUUUAAUUUCUUAGGGUAUUUUGUAUAUCUUUACUAUUUAUUUAUGGGUACAAGUAGCCUAAUGUAAAAAAAAAAAACACAUUUAAAACGAGGUUUCAAAACUGAAGAAAAAUAAUUAUGUUAUUGUUUUGAUAACAAUAUCUGGAGGCACUUGAUUUUUUAAACCCAACUUAAAACCUAUUGAAACACAUAGAUAGUUUCAACUCUUUCGGAUAUUGCUGUGCAGUAUUGGUUCAUAUCGUAUACAAUAGAGUUUAUGUUUACUUCCUUAUUUUACAAGUAGUUUGUAGAUCUAUUGGAUUUAGAAUAUUACAGCAGGGCAAUAGUCUUGCUAAAAUAAGAUGUGAGUUAUUACCACUUCAUUCAUAUAUUUUCCCCCUAAUGCAAUAUUGAUAUUAUUUCAAAUUUGAAAAUACAAAUUAAGUACUACUUCAACUGGCUGGUGUUCAAGACUGCUGAAAUAUGUUUUCUAAUGAACAGUGUGUGAGCUUCUUAUUCGAGGUUAAACACUUAACUUUUCAUAAAAUGUUCUGCUGGACAGUAUUAUAGUAUUAAAGAAAGUAUCGUACCUGCUAGAUGGCAGUUAUAUAUAUAUAUUUUAACCAACCAUAUGUGUUUAUUGAGUGAUCACACAUAGACAAUAACUAAGAUUGAAGUUGUUCUGUUUUGUGAAUUAAUGCACUUUAAGAUAUAUAUAUAUUUUUUUACAGUGCAUUAAUGUAGAGAUACAGUUGAAAUACUCAGCAUAUUAUUUAUUUAUAUAACAACUUUUUUUUUUUACCUCAAUUCUUUUUUUUUUUACUCUUAAGUAUCUCAGUCAUUGGAGGAUGACAUUUUCACAAUAUAAGAAUUGGAUACAUGGUGCUCUCUAGUGGAAGAUCAAUGCUACUGCAACCUUCUUUUUUGUGUUGCCUAAUGAAACCGACAGUUCCUGUGUGGAUACUAGAUGCACUGCUGGUCAGUGAAACUACCAAUUAAACAAUGACUGUACAUAAUUGAUUUUUUUCCAAAUACCAAUGCAGCUAAGAUUUUGUAGUUUUUUGCAGUGUAUUUUUAUGUUAUUUUUUUUAAUUGGCAAUCUUUAAACUUUUUAAUUACUUUUUCCAAUGCUGUGUGUUGCAACUUUAAACCAUGAACACUUCCUUCCUCUUUAUUGCUCUAUACAUAAUGCCUGAUUAAAAUAAUAUUUAUUUUGAACAGAUUUUUAUACCCCCCCCAUUUACGUUUUCUAGUUUAUUUCGUAUUCAUUUCAAAUCUUGAAUGAGUUCUGAUUUACAGAUCGAUUUACAAAUGUAAAAUGUUCUUGAUCUAACCUCUCAUAUCCUAUCUAAAGCUAUGGAAAUCAAUAGUAGUGUCAUAUAAAUCCUGUAGAUACAGGACAGACGCAUUGUGUCCAUAAGUGACAUUUAAAUCAGACAAAUGUUUAACCUUCAACCCUUGCCCCUCGACAAAGGCAUUAUGUAAAUGUGUGGAAUCACCCGUAUCAUUUCGCUACAGCACAUAUUAAUGCAUAUUGCUUUUUAAUUGAGUACAAUUUACUGAGCUUGUCUGCCCGUGCCUGCGCAUUUUACAAGGGAAUUGUAACAUGUCAAGCUCGGCUUUAUCAUAUUUAGUUGUGUUAGUGGCUUGCCUUUAAAUAUUUGUUCUUCUUUCUUUCGUUAUUUUGUGUUUGUUUUCAGCCCCAUUGUAUUUAGCAUCAUUCAGAAAUGUAAUCAUGAGGAAAUGUGCAAUAGAAACAGGCAUCUUUGCCAUGACAUAAGGAAACAUUAUAUGGAACAACAAAGGUGUAGAAAACAUGAUCAAAAUAAUAGGGAUAUAUUAUCUGAAAAUGUAUUUUGCGUCCCCAUGGCCAAUUCCUUAAUCCAUUCAAGCCAUCAUCGGCCAUGUAAACCGUUCUUAUGAGUCAUGAGUAAGAAUUUCAGGUCCACAGUUUUUCUUCUCAGCCUUAGGAUUUAUCAAAAGAGAAACCGUUGCUGUAAUGAAACUAAACGUCCUCUUAUCCUACGUGCGAUGCUUACUUGGAUGUAGCUACAGCGCAGCAUAUCGCGACAUGACAGACCGAAUUUUCAACCAGUGGCUAUAAAUAAAGCAGAGAUAUUCUAAUUGUGUCUGGAUCAAUGGCGUCUCUGGGUCCUUGUCAGAUGGACUUUAAGAUGUCGUCUUUGUGCCUGAACAGAUUUUUUAUUGGAGUGUGCAUCUCUCCUAUACUUUUUAAUGACAAGCCAUUUUGGCCUCUUGAACCUCUUGCCAUGGCAAAAGUGACAUUCAGAACUGGCACAGUGUCAACCUUGUUGGUAAACAGGAAAGUGGUCUGCUAAAGGACCAUUGCCGUUCAAUCCAUCCGCUUCCAAGAUGUACACUAACCGUUACCAAAUAUAGGAAGAGACAUCUCUGACUAAAGCCCCAUGGGAAUCAAUUUCACACUCGACUAUGUCCCCUGACUGGUCAGAGAAUCAGCUGAUUAGGAAGAGAGAAAAUACACGACAUGGUUUUGGGUUUGGUCCGUUGUCCACAGAUUGCAAAAGUGAUGUUUUUCAAUUGUCCAGCACAGCUGGUUAGUUAAACCGUUUCCUCCAGAAUUUCUUUUUUUAUCACUCUGUGUCCACAUAACAGCGCCGAGGUCUCAGUUCAUUUCCUUUCCCCUCCAGUAGGUUUGAUGGGAAGACACACAGACACACGCCCUUGACUUUUAGCUAUGGUGGAGGGUGCCACUUAUUCCUGGCGACAUAGCACCCACACAGGGGGCCACACAAACACACACACACACACAUCAACGAGGGAAGCCAUUCAUGUCAGAGGGAAUAGAUUAGGGCCUCUACAAUAUUUGAGAGGUCAGCCAAGGGAGACGGCUCCCACAGACUGUUCUGCCUUUACUCUGUUUUGCCCCUCCUUUCGCUCUCUUUAUUUUAACAAAUUCACGGUGCUCCUGGAGUGUGACGUUCCCCUUAAGCCUAGUAAUCCAAGAUAGCGCCAGCCGCAAUGUCUUUUCUCUUUCUUCCUCCUUCCUCCUUUUUAAGUGCCUCCCGGCUCAUUCCUGCAAACCCUUUUUCCACCCUAGAUUUGACAUGCUCUUUUUCUCACUCGCUCGCCACAAGCCGAAAGCUAGUUGUUCCCAGUGCUGGAAGACAAUCGCUCAAAGUAGUAAGGAGCGACUGGAUAUGUGUAUGUAGUCUGUGAGGUUUGCUCUGUGAGGGAGCAUUGUGGCGUGAGGUUGUGAGCUAGUAUGCUGUGUGACGAGAGGGACGGCGCGCAGGUGAGGGCGAAAGACAGGAACGUGAGGAGGCCUGGAGACCUGAGACGGAUCAGACAUCGGAUCUUAGUUGACAGGGCCAGAAGGAGAGAACGAGACAAAGAAAGUGAGCGAGACAGAGAGAGCGGGAGGGAGGGAGGGAGGGAGGGAAAAGAAAGUAUAAUUAAAGAGAGACUUGGAAAGAGUGACUGUGUACAGUGCUUACAGAUGAGCAGGAAGCGGUUGUUGGUAUUGUGCUCUCAGUGGUCACGCUGACUACACUACCUUUAAAGCCAGCAGCGACAGCUUCCAGCAUAGAGCCAAUGAAUGACUCCACAUCCGACUUCCUCCUCUUUUCCCCCAUCUCCCACGGCUUUGGCUAAUGAACUCUCCAUGUAUGAAGUGUGGCUGUGAAAUCUCAUUAUCAAAACACCAUUUUAAUUGCGGCAGUUAAGAUUUGGAAGCCUUUUCCGAAUCCUCGCUGCAAUGGCACCCUGAUAGCGGAGCUGCACAGCCGCGAGGGGCUAAUCUAAAACAAAUUAGAUUGCGGCUCUGGAAGAUGGAUAGAUGCAUGUGCUAUUUCUCUGUCGUUCUCUCCCUUUAGCGGGCGGCAUAUUAAUCAUGUGUCUGAUUUAUUCAGCUUUAUAAUUUUCUGUUGCUCUGGUGAAAGGCAGUUUGUGUUUGAUGGCUUAUGUUGUCGCGGAGCUAUGGGAGACGCUAGAGUGCCAGGUUACGAGCGGUCAGGAUGGGGCGGCGGUGGUGGGAGAUAUUUUUGAGAAAGUUUGUAGUAAGUGGGUGUGAAUGGAGUGCGAUAAGUUGAACCUAUGGGUUGUUUUUAGUAUGUCUUUUAAAGCUACGGUUUUUUUAAGUGACAUUUUAGUUAUGUUUGUGUGUGGAAAAAAGUCACAGGAGGGAUAAAAGGAUAGGAGAGGAGAUUAAAAACUGAGAUAUGAAAGUUUACUCCGAGUGCGAGCACUGGUGCUACUUCAGACUGGUGGCCUGGGAAUGAAGGGAAUGGCGAGUUUUACUUAACAUUAUUACUCAACACAUCAGGCAGCGUGGGGGUGUUGUUUGGAAACCUAAUGUGGCGCGAAUUAGAAAUAGAGCAUGCUGGGUCUUUUUUUUCUUUCCUGCUGUGCUGAAACAGGCUUGCUGUUUGACUUCCUGUUACCAUUAUUACUUUAUGUCUUUGAUUAACUUCUAUUUACAAAAAUAUAUCAUGUUCCAUUACUGUUAGCAACAACUGGUUACAGUGAAAAAAAUAAUUCCUAGUUGUGACAGUUGUUUUGCCACAUCCUUAUUUUAUGUAGGGAGGAUUUUUCAGAGAUACAUUUUCAUUGGCUUAGUCAAGACUUAUUUCCUGUGCAAAUUGUAGCAUAAUUCAUAUUUUCUGUGGAAAGUCAUGUGCCAAAUAUCCAGCAAUGUCACAAAAAACUAAUUUCUGGACAAGGCCUCAAACCCAAGUUAUAUUCUCUCAAAACAUCAAGGUCCGCAUACCCAAAUUUGAAAAGAUUAUCCACUACAAACAUGUCAACUACGUUCCAUCAUACCACCAAUGCCUCAAGUUGGACCAAAGGAGGUGCUAUAUUGUUUUUCUUUUCUUUCUUCUUUUUUUUAUUAUUUUAAUGCAACAUUAGUUUUCAACUCUGAGACUAGUUCCUGUUUUCAAAAGAAAAGCAUCAUGGGAGGUUGAACAUCAUGAGAACCAUGUUGAUUUGUUCUUGGCGACAUAAUAUUAUGUUGUGUAACAAAAUGAUAAAACACCUAUUCUAUUUGUCAUGAUUCUACAAUUGUGUAUUAAUAGGUCAAUGAGUGUAUACCAUUUAAGUACGGCCAAAGUACGAGUAAUCCAAUUCAUAAUCUACAACAGAAAACAACAGCUUGCCUAUGUGUGAGCCUUUAUUUUGAAAACAGGGCUAUUCUUUUUUUACCAUUGCAUUUUGAAAACCUUUUGUUUUUGUAUCUUGUUCAUGUUUACAUUGUAUCUUGCAUUGCCCUAAAGAGAAACACUAUUAAAUGUAUUAUCUUUGUUGUUUAA